AAUAUUCAGUUAGGCGGAGGUUUAGAAUAUUUGUGUCGGCACGGGUGCCUGAGCUCUGUGGCUGCAGAGUGACAUGCUGGGAGCUAACUGUCAGCUCUGGGCAUAAUUGGAUAAGUGCGCCCCUCCCUUUGGACUAAUCCGCUUCUCUCUCUAAUAAUAAUCGGCUGUCAGUUCCGACUGGCAGCGUCCGCAGCGUGUAUCUAUUGCGGGCAUCCCUUCCUUCAUUCGGAAAGAUGAAUCGCAAGAACAGGAUGGGAAUUCCUGGGACGAUGCCUGCCCAUACGGAUCAUUCAGGCCAUGGUGGAGAUGACGGGGAAAGAAAGAUUUCAAAAUUCCAAAUAAACAAAUUAAGAAACUUGACUGAUGACGUGUUGGAUAGAUUUGCCAGCAUAAGAAUUCCCGGGAGCAAAAAAGAAAGGCCUUAUUUAAACAAUAUGAAAAGUUCCAGUACCAGCAGUGAAUGGGGAGUGCCUUCAGAAUAUGAUGAUUAUCCUUCAAAACAGCUGUCUGAAAAAGAGGUCCUUCCUUUGUUUGAAAAAAUGAUGGAAGACAUGAAUUUAAAUGAAGAGAAGAAAGCACCUUUGAGAGAAAAAGACUUUGCCACUAAAAAAGAGAUGGUCCUGCAGUAUAUUAGUACUGCUUCAAAAGCUGGGAGUCUCAGGAGCAGCAGACAGAUCUCACCACAGGAAUUCAUUCAUGAACUGAAAUCAGGAGCUGCAGAUGAAAGGCUUGUCUCUUACUUAGACUCCCUUCGUGUUUCUUUGACCAGCAAUCCUGUCAGCUGGGUUGAAAGCUUCGGACAUGAUGGAUUAGGAUUGUUACUUGAUAUUUUGGAAAGGAUGGUGAAUGGAAAAAGAACUGAAAAAAUAGAAAAAAGGAUUCAACACAAAGCCAUUCAGUGCCUUAAGGCAUUCAUGAAUAAUAAGUAUGGACUAGAAAGAAUUCUUGGGGAAGAAAGAAGUCUCUCUUUAUUAGCUAAAGCCAUGGAUCCCAAACAGGCUAACAUGAUGACUGAUGUUGUCAAAUUAUUGUCUGCAAUAUGCAUUGUUGGAGAGGAAAACACUCUUGAAAAAGUUUUGGAAGCCAUAACUGCUGCUGCUGAAGAAAGGGGAAUUAUCAGAUUCAGUCCAAUUGUUGGAGGUCUGCAUCAUAAUUUGAUCCAACUACAGGUCGCUUGUAUGCAGCUUAUCAAUGCUCUUGUAACUUCUCCUGAUGAUUUGGACUUCAGGCUUCAUAUCAGAAAUGAAUUUAUGCGCAGUGGAUUGAAAGAGAUAUUGCCACAACUAAAGCAUGUAAAGAAUGACGCUUUGGAUAUACAGCUAAGGGUGUUUGAGGAACACAAAGAAGAAGAUAUGAUAGAAUUUUCUCACCGUCUUGAUGAUAUACGAUCUGAAAUGGAUGAUGCUAGUGAUGUCUUCAAUAUGGUUUGGAAUUCUGUAAGAGACACAAAUGCAGAAGGAUAUUUCCUUUCAAUUCUUCAGCAUCUUCUACUAAUUCGCAAUGAUUAUUUUGCAAAACCACAAUAUUUUAAAAUAAUUGAAGAAUCCAUAUCCCAGAUCGUUUUGCAUCGAAGCGGCAUUGACCCUGAUUUUACCUACAGGAAAAGAUUAGAUGUAGAUUUUAGCUACCUUCUUGAUGUAUGUAUCGACAAAGCAAAAACUGAAGAAUUUGAAGAAAGGUUUUUUGAAAUGAGCAAGAAAUAUGAAGAAGAAUUUACAAUUCGUCAAGAGGCCCAGUCCCAACUGCAGAAAAAUGAAGAAAAAAUCAAUGAACUUCAAGCAGAAUUACAGGCUUUUAAAUCCCAGUAUGGGGCAGCAAUUGUUGUACCAGGGUCUGUGCCAGGAGAUGCUGCAAGUAAUAAGACAUCUUCCAUCGUUCCUAAACCUCCACCAGUUCCACCAUGUGGACUUGUGCCACCACCACCGCCACCACCUCCCCCUCCGCCACCUCCAUUGUUUGGAAGUGCACCUCCAGCACCCCCUCCACCUGGGUUUGGUAAUGGAAAGCUUUUUCCUCCUAUGCAAAGUCUUCCAUUUGGCUUGAAACCUAAAAAAGAAUUCAAACCAGAGGUUGUGAUGAAAAGACUGAACUGGCAAAAGAUAACACCUAAUGAAAUGACUGAAAGCUGUUUUUGGUUAACUGCAAAAGAAGAGGGAUAUGAAGAUAAAGAAUUGUUUUUCCAACUCGAAAAUACAUUUUCUUGUCAGAGAAAAGCUGUAGAAGUUGUGAAAGAUGAUGCUGCUGAAGAAAAGAUGGCUAUAAAAAAAAGGAUCAAAGAGCUUAAAGUAUUGGAACCAAAAAUAGCACAGAACCUCUCUAUCUUCUUAGGGUCAUAUCGAUUACCUUAUGAAGAAAUAAAGAAAAUUAUUUUGGAAAUUGAUGAAACACAGUUGUCAGAAUCCAUGGUUCAGAAUCUAAUAAAAAAUAUGCCUGCCCAAACUCAGCUUAAUUCACUGGCGAACUUAAAAAGUGAAUACCUCAGUUUAUCUGAACCAGAACAGUUUGGUGUUGUGAUGAGCAGUGUGAAGAAGCUCAUUCCACGUCUCAACGCUAUUCUAUUUCGUCUUCAAUUUGAGGAGCAAGUAAACAACAUCAAACCAGAUAUUAUGGCUGUCAGUGAAGCAUGUGAGGAGAUAAAGAAAAGCAAAAGCUUCGGAAAACUACUGGAGAUAGUGCUUCUUAUAGGAAACUACAUGAACGCUGGAUCUCGGAAUGCACAAACCUUUGGAUUUUGCCUCAGUUCCCUCUGCAAACUAAAAGAUACAAAAUCUGCAGAUCAGAAUACAACACUCCUUCAUUUUUUAGCCGAUAUAUGUGACAAAAGGUUUCCUGAUAUCAAGAUAUUUGUUGAAGAUGUGCAGACUGUCGAUAAAGCCAGUAAAGUCUCUGCAGAGAACCUGGAAAAGACAAUGAAGCAAAUGGAACGGCAGCUUCAGCAACUUGAAAAGGAUUUGGAGACCUUUCCCCUUUCUGAUGAUGCGCAUGACAAGUUUGUGACAAAGAUGUCCGGUUUUGCGGUGUAUGCAAGAGAGCAGUUUAAGAAGCUAUCACGGAUGUACGAAAACAUGGACAAACUCUACCAAGGACUUAUGGAGUACUAUGUCCUUGAUUCUAAGAAAGUUUCAGUGGAGGAAUUCUUCACAGAUGUAAAUAACUUCAGGACAAUGUUUAUGCAAGCGUCCAAAGAAAAUAUUCGAAGAAAAGAGGCAGAAGAAAAACAGAAGCGUGUCAAACAAGCAAAAGAAAUGGCAGAAAAAGAGAAAUUAGAAAGGCAGCUAAAGAAAAAACGCCUCUUAGAAAAGAAUCGUGAGGGAGAAGAGACUGGAGUGAUGGAUAGCCUGCUAGAGGCCCUGCAAUCCGGCGCUGCUUUCAGAGACAGAAGAAAACGGACUCCAAGGCCUAAAGACUGGCACGAAAAUAUUAGUCCAUCUUCAGAGAGGCCUGUUCUAAAGUCUCGUAACUAUGAAAACCAAAAACCUCAAUUUGAGAGGUCACGCUCGCGACCAAAUAUCCAUUCUAACUCAACAAGGGCUCCAGUUGCUAAGGAACUCAAUUAUGAGAUGGAAACUCAUUCUUCUUCCAAAGGAAGCAAGGUUAUUAGUAGAAAAGAGGCUUGUAAUGCAGAAAUCAACAGAGAGAAGGCACCAGGUCAUGGCUCUGCAGCCAAAGCCGAGUCUAUUCCUGAAGUUGAAGCUCUCCUGGCACGGCUGCGCGCUCUCUAAAAAUACACUGCAAAUAUAAUAAUUGCCACCAACAUUUGAUGGCAAAGCCAACUACAUCUUGUCUUAUAUGCAAAUGUUGUAUUGCACAGUUCUUAGGAUGCUCGUAGAUUGAAAGGGGAUUUCUUGUUGUACUACCUAUUUAGUCUGCUAAAUGGCUAUGAAUGUAAGAUGUAUUUCUAUGUUUUUGUUGUGUUUAAGCAUAACAGGUACAUCACGAGGUUUUAGCCUGCAAUGUCACCGGUAAAGGUUUUGCAAUAUACUCCAAGAACUUAACACAUAACAAAAAAUAAGAAUAUUAAGGCUACACUAGUGAUUCCUUUAAUUCCUUUGCAGAUAUAGCUAUGCAUACCUGUAUAUCGCCCAGUGCAGUGGGAAUCCGAGCUGCCAGCUGUAGUUCCUGUACAUUAAAUAGGUUCAACAGUGUGCAGUACUUGCCCCAAGGAGGGAGUAGUCUCAUCAGCAAAUGAUUUUUCUUUCAGCCAUAAUAUGUCACGCUGCAAUCACUUAUUCAGGGCUAUGGCAAGGGCACACAGUAAUACAAAAGUUCUGGAAUGGCCUAUCAGUACUUUCCAUUACCUGCAAUUGGGAGCAUCUCUAGUAGCAGACGAUUAAGGAUUAGCCAUGGCACUUCUGCUUGUAGACAUUAGGAACUAGCAACCCCAAGUUUUUGGAGCAGUCGAGCAAUACUUGUGCCACCUGUCUUGGGUGAGAACUAAAGCCACAUAUAUUGGCAUUAAUGUUGCACAUGAAAAGCUCUGAGGAAAUGUUUGUGGAACUACAUCUUUAUAAAAGUAUUAUAUAUACAUCCCUGGGGCUCCUUGUUAUAAAUGUUCAUUUAUUGGUUUUAGUCAUGUGACUUAGAGUCACUCACAUUCCACAUGUAUUUUGAAGCACUACCCUUCUGCAUUUCACCUGCCCAUUUCUAUGCAAAGAAAUGUGUUUCCACACUGCCCAUAAAUAUGUAUGGAUUUGCAUACUAAAGGUCUCUGAAUGGAAGCAACACUACGUAGGAUGAAAAGAUCAUUUUUGAAAUACCUCUCAUUUGGAUAUCUAUAACUAUCUCAGUGCAAAGUCCAUAGCCUGGGUCUCAUUCAUAAGCGCUUGCUCUAUCGUUAUUCAUGUCUCUUUAUGGUUAUUGGCCUUUGUUACUGUACACAGCUGAAAGUAUUCUAUAUAUUAUAAAAUAUUUAUAUAUGAUAUUCACUGGAAAUGUUUAUUAUUUCAUUGCAUGUGAGGCCUUCUGAUUUGCUAUGCAAAGUUAAUAAAUCUAAUUUAGAAUUUUGACAGCAUGCCUGACUAUUUACAAAGCAUUAGAUUUCCGUAAUGUUUAUAGAAAUCAAACACUUUACUGCAUGUCUCUCAUUUGUUUAAUAGCCUUUUAGAGGGAAAGGUAUUAUUAGCCAUUUAAAAGCUUUAUCUUACAUAGAUAUCCUUAGUUAUCCUGAAAUAACCAAAAAAAAAAAGUAGAAUUUCUUUUUAACUACCAGUGAAAUGAACUAAUACUGAUUUGCACUGUACUGUAUAUUCCUUCAUUUACAUUGUGUUUCAGAGUAUAAGCAAAUAUUCAGUGUGCUUUAUCCUUACGCUAUAAUGAUGCCUUCCCGCUAUCACUGUAAAUAAAAAAGUCAUGCUGUUUUA